GCCUCGCCUCGCGGUGGGAAGGCGGGAGGGCGCGCGCCGGGGCUGCCUGCUCGCUCGCUCGCUUGCUCGCUCCCUCCCUCCGCCGGUGGGUUAGUCAGUCAGUCCGCCAGCAGCCGGCGGGCCCGCGAGCCGCAGAGGGCCGAGCCUCGGACGCCGGCGUCUCCUCCUGCCAUUGUUCGUCCGGCGGCUGCAGCGGCGGGCGCGGAAGCCCGGGCCACCGCAACAUCAUGACAACAGAGAAGAGCUUAGUGGCUGAGGCUGAAAAUCCACAGCAUCAACAACAGAAGGAAGAGAGUGAGGGAGCCACAAACUCGGGUCAACAGGAAACUCAGCUGGAAGAGGCUUCUCAAGCAGCAGCCGAGGGAGAUAAUCAGUGUGAGCAGAAGCUGAAAACAUCUAAUGGAGGCACUCCAACACAUGAAGACUUGACCAAGAACAAGGAGCGGACAUCAGAAAACAGGGGCCUGUCGCGGCUCUUCUCCUCUUUUCUCAAAAGGCCUAAGUCUCAGGUCUCUGAAGAAGAAGGCAAAGAAUUAGAAUCAGCUAAAGAGAAAGGUGAAGAAGGUCAGAAAGAGAUAGAAUUUGGAGCCAGUCUUGAUGAAGAGAUCGUUUUAAAGGCCCCAAUUGCAGCUCCUGAACCUGAGCUCAAAACAGACCCAUCCUUGGAUCUUCAUUCAUUAAGCAGUGCAGAAACGCAGCCUGCUCAGGAAGAACACAGAGAAGAUCCAGAUUUUGAGACUAAGGAAGGAGGAGGACUUGAAGAGUGUUCUAAAAUAGAAGUAAAAGAAGAAAGUCCAGAAUCAAAAGCAGAAGGAGAAUUAAAAGCUUCCCAGAAAUCAAUCAGAAGACACAGAAACAUGCACUGCAAGGUUUCUUUGUUGGAUGACACAGUUUAUGAAUGUGUUGUGGAGAAACAUGCUAAGGGACAAGAUUUACUUAAACGAGUGUGUGAACACCUCAAUCUUUUGGAAGAAGACUACUUUGGUCUAGCCAUUUGGGAUAACGCAACCUCUAAGACAUGGCUGGAUCCUGCCAAAGAAAUAAAAAAGCAAGUUCGUGGUAUUCCUUGGAAUUUCACAUUUAAUGUAAAGUUUUAUCCACCUGACCCAGCACAGUUGACAGAAGAUAUAACAAGGUAUUAUUUAUGUCUUCAACUUCGGCAGGACAUAGUUGCAGGACGUCUGCCCUGUUCCUUUGCAACCUUAGCGUUAUUAGGUUCUUAUACCAUCCAGUCUGAGCUGGGAGACUAUGACCCAGAACUCCAUGGUGAGGAUUAUGUUAGUGAUUUUAAACUGGCCCCAAAUCAGACCAAGGAACUUGAAGAGAAGGUCAUGGAGCUGCAUAAGUCAUACAGGUCCAUGACUCCAGCUCAGGCUGACCUGGAAUUUCUUGAGAAUGCCAAAAAGCUGUCUAUGUAUGGCGUUGACCUUCAUAAAGCAAAGGACUUGGAGGGAGUGGAUAUCAUCCUAGGUGUCUGCUCUAGUGGCCUUCUGGUUUACAAAGAUAAGCUGAGAAUCAACCGCUUUCCUUGGCCCAAAGUGUUGAAGAUUUCUUACAAACGUAGCAGCUUUUUCAUCAAGAUUCGGCCUGGAGAGCAAGAACAGUAUGAAAGUACCAUUGGAUUCAAACUUCCCAGUUACCGAGCAGCUAAGAAAUUAUGGAAAGUCUGUGUAGAGCAUCACACAUUUUUCAGACUGACAUCUACAGACACCAUUCCUAAAAGCAAAUUUCUUGCCCUGGGAUCCAAAUUUCGAUACAGUGGCCGAACUCAGGCUCAGACCAGGCAAGCUAGUGCUCUGAUUGACAGGCCUGCCCCACACUUUGAACGUACAGCAAGCAAACGGGCAUCCCGAAGCCUUGAUGGAGCGGCCAUCGAUUCAGCAGACCGAAGCCCUCGGCCCACCUCUGCACCAGCCAUUGCUCAGAGUGAGGUCACAGAAGGCAGCGUCCCAGGUGCACCUGUUAAAAAGGCAGUGGUUCCUAAAACACAGAAGGAAACAGUGAAGGUUGAAGUGAAAAAGGAAGAAGUGCCACCUGAGCCAGCUGAGCCAGCUGAGCCAGCUGAGCCACCUGAGCCAGAGCCCACAGAAGUGGAGAAGGUGGAAAAAACCCACAUCGAGGUCACAGUACCCACCUCAAAUGGUGACCAAACACAGAAGCUUGCAGAAAAAACUGAAGAUCUGAUAAGAAUGAGGAAGAAAAAGAGAGAGAGACUAGAUGGUGAAAACAUUUAUAUCAGACAUAGCAAUUUAAUGUUGGAGGAUUUAGACAAAAGUCAAGAAGAGAUCAAAAAACAUCAUGCCAGCAUCAGUGAGCUGAAAAAGAACUUCAUGGAAUCUGUACCAGAACCACGGCCUAGCGAAUGGGAUAAACGCUUAUCUACUCACUCUCCCUUUCGAACACUUAACAUCAAUGGGCAAAUCCCUACAGGAGAAGGAAGUAUAAAUGGCAUUCGCACAGAGGAGGUGGCUGCCAUGACAAAGGGGCCACCUACCAACCCUGACCCUGAAUGGGAGGGCCCCGAGCACUCAGUAAUUCCUAGUGAGAGCCAAGUGACCACCCCGUCGAAGUCUCCACAAAACUUUGACUUUGGCUCCCUCUCCAUAAGCAGCAAGGAGACAGAAGAGAAGGAGCAGGGGGCAGCUGGCUAUGUUGAUAUUCAGGAAAUGCCAAGAGGCCCAAGUGAGGAAUGUAUAGGAGUGGAGGAACAGGCCAGUGCCUUAAAGUUCCCAGUGUCACCAGCUUCCUCUCAGCUGCAACUUGGUGGAAAAAAGGCAGAGAGUAGUGAAGAACACAUUACACCAGGAGAGCCACUUGGAAAGCAAAAUGGAUCAUUUCUUGACUCUCGUGUGGGUAACCAGUUCCCCACCCUCAUUCGAAGUUUCCAGCCUCCCCUGGUGAAGACUCAGACCGUCACCAUCACAGACACUGCCAAUGCUGUGAAAAGUGAAAUCCCAACCAAAGAUGUCCCUAUUGUCCACACUGAGACCAAGACCAUCACUUAUGAGGCCGCCCAGACUGACGACAGCAAUGGGGACUUGGACCCAGGAGUCUUGCUGACAGCUCAGACCAUCACAUCCGAGACCACCAGCAGCACCACCACAACUCAAAUUACCAAGACUGUGAAAGGUGGGAUUUCAGAGACCCGAAUUGAGAAGAGAAUUGUGAUCACAGGAGAUGCCGAUAUUGACCACGAUCAGGUCCUCGUACAGGCCAUCAAGGAGGCAAAGGAGCAGCACCCAGACAUGUCAGUGACCAAGGUGGUUGUCCAUCAGGAGACCGAAAUCUCUGAGGACUGAGCUCAGGAACUAUCCUAUCCUCCCACCCCACUCCCUGCCCAUCUCCCAUCUGAGAGGAAACCAGUGGAAUGAUAAAGACGCUAACCUGCAAUAGUCAGACUUCAGAAUUUUAAGAUGACUCUGAACCACCAGAAAAUCAAUUUCAUUUUCUAUGUGGAGUUUAUACCAAGAGAGUCUUCUAGAUAUCACUGAUCCUUUUGAAUACCUUUUUCUAUAUUGUGAUACCAGAAUUCUCAACUUUUCACUCUAUGGACUGUUUUUAAAGAGCUUUUUGGUUUUUUUAUGGGGUGGUUUGUAACCCCUUCAGCCCAGCCUCUCUCCAUUUAUACUGACAGGGUCCACAGCAUUCUUCGGGAAAUCCUCCAGGGACUCUGUCAGCUGUGUUGGGGGCCAAAGCCAGCUUAAUGGGGCUUCCCUGCUCCUCCCCUAGUUUUAUACCCUUUAGAUGACAGCAGAAACUUCAUAAACCAGCCCUUUCUCAGAGCCAAUGAUGUGACUUUACCAGAACGUCAGGCAGGGCAGCUGCCCUGAUCCACAGACCCCAGGAAAAUGUCCCUGUCUGUCCCUUUGCUGAGGGUGGUUUUGGUGAGACAGAGACCUCUGCUAAGAAUAUAGUAUUGUUUUUCUUUCCUCCCUCCUGUUCUUUCUUUUUGGAGCUUCUUUAGAUCAAAGAUGUAAGACAUUGCUUCAGAUGUAUCUGAUACUGUGAAUGUUUGAACAUAUCUGUGGCCUUCACCUUCCUGCCCUCCCUCCCCUUUUACCUCA